AGCUCCACCCUCAUCUACUAUUGGCCCGAGAAACUUUCUGUGUUUGCCUAGAGCUGAUGCGUAGCUGUUUACCCCCCAGAUCAGCGGAGCUUAAUGAAAACCCUAAAAAGUAAGAGCGUGUGGGACAGAAGAGAGAGAGCCUACUUCACAAGGUUCCUGGGUGGAGCUCCCCAUGAACAGCAGCAAUGGGAAUGAUAACGGCAAUGGGAAAAACGGGGGGCUGGAGCACGUACCGUCGUCAUCCUCCAUCCACAAUGGAGACAUGGAGAAGAUCCUUCUGGAUGCGCAGCACGAGUCAGGGCAGAGCAGUUCAAGAGGCAGUUCCCACUGUGACAGCACGCGUGUUUCCGUCAGACAACUGAUUGACAGCCCUUCCCCACAGGAAGAUGGGCAGAUCAUGUUUGAUGUGGAAAUGCACACCAGCAGGGACCACAGCUCUCAGUCAGAAGAAGAAGUUGUAGAAGGAGAGAAAGAAGCUGUUGAAGCUUUAAAGAAAAGUUCAGACUGGGUAUCGGAUUGGUCCAGUAGACCGGAAAACAUUCCACCCAAGGAGUUCCACUUCAGGCACCCUAAACGCUCUGUGUCUUUAAGCAUGAGGAAAAGUGGAGCCAUGAAGAAAGGGGGUAUUUUCUCUGCAGAAUUUCUGAAAGUGUUCAUUCCAUCCCUCUUCCUUUCUCACGUUUUGGCUUUGGGGCUAGGCAUCUAUAUUGGAAAAAGACUGAGCACGCCUUCUGCCAGCACCUACUGAGGGAAGGAAGAGCCCCUGGAAAUGCGUGACCUGUGAAGUGGUGUAUUGUCACAGUAGUUUAUUUGAACUUGAGACCAUUGUAAGCAUGACCCAAUCUACCACCCUAUUUUUACAUAUCCAAUUCCAGUAAUUCUCAGAUCCAGUAUUUUAUUCAAACUCUGUUGAGGCAUUUUACUAACCUUAUUCCCUUUUUGGCCUGUAAGACACUUUAGAAUUUCCUAACAGAGUUUACUGUUGUUUAGAAAUUUGCAAGGGCUUCUUUUCCGCAAAUGCCACCAGCAGAUUAUAAUUUUGUCAGUGAAGCUAUUGUCUCCUCUUAGUACCACCAGGCUUAGACCUGUAUCAUUGAUGGUAUAAAUUUUACUCUUGCAACAUAACUACUAUCUCUCUCUAAAAACAAGACCAGGUUAGCAAAUUAUAUAAAAGCUUUGUUGUUUAGAUUUUUUUUCUCCCCAAGACAAAAGCAAGCUUCCCUAAGCUUGAAUUUAUAGUUAUUAAAAAGAAAAUAAAACAACAACAACAAAAAAGGCAAGACACAAGGAAAAUAAAUAUCCUGGGCAAUAAAAAAUUACUUUAAACCAGCUUUGGAGCCACUUUUUGUCUAAGCCUCCUAAUAGCGCCUUUUGAUUUGUAGGAGGCCGGCUAUAUAAAUGAUAGGUAUGAAAUAGAAUUAACUAAAAUACAUCAGCAGAUUUUAAUACUAGUAUGUUGUAAUGCUGUCUUUUCUAUGGUGUAGAAUCUUUAUUUCUGAUAAGGAAUGUCUCAGGCCUAGAAAUAUAUGAAAAUUGCUUUUCAGAUUUUUGUGUCUGUGUUUAGUAUUUUUGUGUUUAUUAGCUGCAUGUGAAUCAUUCAUGACUUUCUUGACAUUUUUUUUUCCCUUUUUUUUUUUCCCUCUCUCUUAAGAAGAGACUUUGGAAUGAGUUCCAAUUUGUGGUUAAUACAGGCUUCUUGUUUUAGGAAGCACCACUCAUAGUCUGAAGCCUUUCCACUCUGAGGAUAAUUGGGUCAGGGUUAUUCCAAACACUUGUGCAACUUUGAAAAACAGACUUGGGUUGUGGGAACAGUUGAUAAAUUCCAAAAAGAUGCCAUUGGUCUCCUCCUGAUCUGUCGCUUGUGCACGUUUGCUGUGUGCUCUUCCCGAGGGGGUUCCUGUGAUGCUGCAGGCGCUGGUCAUGUUCUCAUGUAGCCAUCUUUUCAGUUCGUGUUACAACUCUGCAAGUUCCAGAACGCUCACAUUCCUUUAAUGGCAUUCUUUUUUUGUUUGUUUGUUUCUAAAAUGUGAAGCUUUAGGACCAAAUCGUUAAGAAAGCAUCAGGAUUACCAGAUAUUUCAAGUAGAUUUUGUUGGGUUUCGGAACACAGAGCAUGACUCUGAAGGAUAUUACUAUAUGUUUAUAUAUAAAUGAUUACUGUUUAUGAGAUAGACAUUGCUAUUGAAUACGAAGAGAACCAUCAUUAAUUUUAAAAUUAGCAAUCUGUAAAACACAUCAGGUUGACUUGGAUAAAAACACUAUGUGACAGAUAGGUUUGCCAGUUUGUAGCAACUCUCUAACUCUUCUCUCUUACAUCAAGGUAUGUAAAACUGAUGUGUUGUAUUGGCACAUAACAUACAGAAUAAACAAAAAUAUUCAUUCCUAUCUUUUUUCAAGAAGGUUGCUGUCUUUAAGAAAGAUGAUAUACCUAAAAUUGUUUUCUGAAUUUUCUUCCUAGCAUUUGAUGUCUCAAUAAUUUUGGACACCUUUUUACCUCGUUUCUGUCUUCCUCUUACACCUGGUCACACUUGAUCUGCCUUCUGUAAUCUAUUGAUUUCAAGUGUUCAUAUUGGAAUUUCUUUGGGAAGAAAAUUAAUUUGAUGGCCUGCUGAUUCUGAAAAGCCUGAAUAAAAUGGGAAAGGUUGGUAAAGUUGAGACAGCUCAAUAGCUAAACUGCUGUAAUGUGCAAUUGUAUUACAGUUGGAGGGAAAAGUAAAAUUCUUCUUUAAAAAAGAGCAACUUUUUUCAGGCAGCCUAUGGCCCUCUUUCCAAAUUCAGUAGCAAUUCUAUAGGUAGUACAAUUAAACUUGGGUACACUUACCAUUUUUUCAAUAUUGAAAAUAAAUUUAGUGUUCUUUUAAAGUAUCUGUGAAAUGAUGGGCCAUUACUUAAAGCACGAGUAUGUCACCACAGUAGUAAGUUGAGCUCAUGCAGUAUUUAUUGAUAGCCCUGUCACAUGGGUGCAUGUCUGUGCUUCUACUUGGAUUUGUGUUGAACGGAAACAGACUGGAUGAUUAGAAAGGACAUUUCAACAAUUAACAGUUGGAAACUUAAGAUUAAUGUAUAAAAAGCUUUAUACCUGUUUACAAUUAGGAGAUGAAAAGACAGGCUUCUUUUUUCUUACAUUUGAUGAAAACUGGCUUCAAAUGUCUGUAAAUAGACUCAAGAGCAAAACUGCACAAACUUGUACAUUGAGAAGUGCAACAAGUUACCUUGAUGGCAGUAAAAAUAUUUACUAUUCUAAAAGAAAAAAAAGCAUCAAGUACUUAGCCAGUCAGAUGAAUUUUUCAACGCACCAGUUGUUGAAAAUAUUGGAAUUAACUGAGCCAAAGUGAUUAUGCAUUCUUCAUCUAUUUAGUUAGCACUUUGUAUCAUUAUAUACAGUUUACAAUACAUGUAUAACUUGUAGCUAUAAACAUUUUGUGCCAUUAAAGCUCUCACAAAACUU